GUAAAUGCUCCGCCUUGGAUAUCAACUGCAAUUCUCCUGUAUCUGUGUACCAUUUAUCAUUUGUAGACUACGCGCACCUAGCACAAAACAAAAAUGCUCACUCGCUUGCAAUGGUUGAGGGCGCUGCCACGCCCUGCCGCCUCGCUCCGGCGAAAUAUCAAAUCAUUUCCGGGUGCCAAAGUGGAGUCCGAACAGGCGCUGCAGGGAGCCAUGCCACAUGUAAUGGCCGAGCGCAAAUACAAAUAUAGCGAGGGCAAAAUCUAUAAUGGAUUCGAGUGCGAACGCAUUGAAUAUAUUCCCGAUUUUGAGCUAACUUCCUGCACCCUGCGACAUCUUGGCACUGGGACGGAGUUCUGGUAUAUCGAUCGCAACGAUGCAAACAAUGUGUUCUCCAUUAAUUUCCGCACGACGCCCUUCGACUCGACGGGCAUGCCCCACAUCCUGGAGCAUCUGGCCCUAUGCGGCUCCAAGAAUUUCCCAAUUCGUGAUCCAUUCUUCAAAAUGCUCAAUCGCUCUGUGGCGACAUUUAUGAAUGCCAUGACUGGACCCGAUUACACCCUCUAUCCAUUUUCAACAAUGAACGAGGUGGAUUUCAGAAAUCUACAGAAGAUCUACUUGGAUGCGGUGUUUAGGCCAAACUUGGCGCAUCUGGACUUUUUGCAAGAGGGCUGGCGCCUCGAGCACAAGGAUUUGAGCAAUCGGGAAUCGGAGUUCAUUAUCAAGGGAGUCGUCUACAACGAAAUGAAGGGCGUCUUUUCAGAAAACUCGCAAGUUUUUGUGCAGAAUCUGUUGAAUAAUAUGCUGCCGGAUCACACAUACGGCUACGUAGCGGGCGGCAAUCCCUUAGAGAUACCAAAAUUAACCCACACAGAUUUGGUUGAAUUCCAUCGCAAAUACUAUCAUCCGAGCAAUGCGAGGAUCUUCUGCUACGGCUCCUUUGAUCUAAUGAAAUCCCUGGCAUAUGUCGACAAGGAAUACCUGAGCAAAGGGGAACGCAUAGAUAAUUCCUAUAGUCGCAUACCGAAACAAGUACGUUGGUCACAGCCACGUAACGUCCACAUUCCCAGCAGGCUGGAUAGCAUGGGCGCCAGUUUCGAUCGACAGAAUCAGAUAGCUAUUGGAUUGCUGAUGUGCGACGCAACAGAUAUACAAGAGAGCUUUGAGCUGAACGUACUUUCGGAGAUAUUGAUACGGGGCCCCAACUCGGCCUUCUACAAGAGCAUGAUCGAGCCGAACUUCUCUGGGGGCUACAAUCAAAGUACGGGCUAUGCCGCCGACUGCAAGGAUACAUAUUUCGUUGUGGGCCUGCAGGAUCUCAAAGUUGAGGAUUUCAAACAGUUUAACGAACUGUUUGACAGCACGGUGCAUAAGACAAUCGAAGAUGGCUUCGAAUCGCAACACAUUGAGAGUGUAUUGCACAAUUUGGAAUUGUCGCUCAAGCAUCAGAGUCCGCACUUUGGCAAUGCUCUGUUAUUUAACUCAACCUCGUUGUGGAAUCAUGAUGGGGACGUUGUCAGCAGUCUGCGUGUCUCCGAAAUGAUUGCCAAGCUGCGGCGCAACCUACAAAAUAAUUCCAAUUAUUUUCAGGAGAAAAUGCAGAAAUACUUUACAAACAACACACACAAGCUAACGUUAACAAUGUCCCCCGAUGAAUGCUAUGAGUUGAACUUCAAGCGCGCCGAAUCCGAUAUGCUCAAGCAGAAGGUAAAUGCGCUCGAUGCAAAUAUGAAGACGGAAAUCUAUGAGAAUGGCAUCAGGCUGGAGACAUCUCAGAAAUCGAGAGAGAAUUUGGACGUGUUGCCCUGUCUAUCGCUCAGCGAUGUCAAGGAGCCACCCAAGCUACCAACAAUUGAAAUGCAAACAAUCCAAAAUGUGUCCACACAGUUGUGUAAGGUGCCUACCAACGAGAUCACAUAUCUGAAGUGCCUGUUCAAUAUCACGGGCCUGAGCACAGAUGAGAUCAUGCUCGUGCCGCUCUUCUGUAACGUUAUCAACGACAUGGGCACCACCAAUCACAAUUUCCGCGAAUUCGACAAACUCGUCCUAUCGAAGACAGCCGGCAUUGACUUUAAGCUGAAUUUCGUUGAGAAUGUCGAGGAUGCGAAGUCUUAUAAAAUGGGUCUGAUGAUCACGACCCAUGCUCUCGAUAAGAAUGUGCCCGAUAUGUUUGCACUGACCCAAGAACUUUUGCUCAACUUUAAGCUGGAGGAUACAGAUCGGCUGAAGAUGCUGAUUGAGAAUUACAUCUCCAACAUAUCCGUUGGAAUAGCAAGUUCUGGUCACUUGUAUGCUAUGCUAAGCUCCGCUGCCCUGGUCAGCGAUGCGGCCAAAUUGAAAUCACAAUUAUCCGGUAUGGAUCAUAUAGACUUCAUGAAGAAAUAUGUGCAACAGAACAAAACGGAGCAGAUUCGCGAUAAAUUGAAAAAUAUUGGCUCAAAGGUGUUCAACAAGACCAACUUGACUGUGGCGAUUAACACCUCGGAAGCCUUUCAACCGACAGCCCUGGAACACUACGCUGCUUUCCUUGAAAAACUGCCCACACUGGAAAAGACCAAGGAGAACAGCAAAUUAAGUUUGCUGGAGCCCAGUUGUCAGCAUUAUAUAAUGAAUAUACCGGUUAACUACUGCGCCAAAACCUUCUUUGCUGUGCCAUAUUUGCACAAGGAUCAUCCCGUAUUGCGGGUACUGGCCAAACUCAUCUCGUCCAAGUAUCUGUUGCCCGUAGUUCGCGAGCAAAAUGGUGCCUAUGGCGCUGGUGCGAAAAUCGGCUCGGAUGGCCUCUUUGGCUUCUUCAGUUAUCGCGAUCCACACUCGACGAAGACCCUGGAUGCCUUUGACAAGACGUAUGAGUGGCUGCAGACGGAAAGCAAUAAAUUGGAUCUGCAAACACUGUUCGAGGCAAAGUUGGGCGUACUGCAGCAGUUGGACUCACCAAUUGCCCCAGGCAACAUUGGCAUCGAUAAUUUCCUCUAUAAUGUCUCGCAGGAUAUGUUUGUUAAAUAUCGUUCCCGUGUCCUUUCCGUGACUAUCGAUGAGCUGCGCUCGGUUAUCGACAAGUACUUCAAGGAGGACCCAAAAAAUUUUGGCAAAUGCAUCUUGGGACCGUCAAACGAUAAAUUAGAAGAGAAGACCAAACUAAAAUGGAAGGUCAUAACCUAAAUGUAGUAGCAUAUUCGAUUAAAAAUCUGACUGUAUAUAUACACAUACACACACGCAUUAUCUCUAUUUGUACGCUUUAUGUUUCCCACCUGGCGGAAAACGUUUGAUUACUUGUUAACGGCCAUUAAAGUUGCCAUAUUUCACA